GAGAGCAGACUUUGCGUCAGAAAUCGAACACUACUUCUGUAGUCACUGACUGGUGCAGAUUUUUACCUCUCGGCUUAAGCGCUGUGACUUUACUUGCUGGGUAACACAUGCCUGGAUUAAUUUGUUUUCCAAAGCUCCCACAAGAUCCUUUCUGUACCAAACUGUUUGUAAAUCCUAGAGUUUAAGCCAAAGGAGAGCUCUGCUACUGACUAGCCUGGUCUGCCACCAACCCAUGUCACAGCAUUUCAUCCAUCCUUCCAGCAGUGGGAGGAUGGAAGGUUUUAAUGGGACCUUGCCCUGAAGGUGAAUGUUCCUGACCACCUAUAGGAAGUUUUCUUUUACUUCCUUCCUGCUCCCCCCCCCAAAUGACUUCUGAGUUCCUGCUGCUGUUCCUGCUGAUGCUGAGAUACAGAAUUAUUGACUUGUAAAGCUAGCACACAGGUCUCCACGUCUUAUGUCGGAAGGUCUAUCUCAGUAGAUGAAUAAAUCAAGCAUUUGGCUUAUGUAAAUGGGGUUACUUUUCAAGAUAGAUGUACAUCAUCCAGAUGAAAUGUAGCUGGUGUGCGAGUAUAAAUCUUCAGAAAUGCAACACGGGUUAUUUAACAAAUCUGGAAUACUGAGGACAGUGUAUGAAGGCGCUGCUCUCUCUAGAUGGGGCUUGUGUUCAGGCAGUGGAAAGGAUGCUGGAAGAUCAGUACAGGGAAGUCCUCAUUUGUGGGUGUUGCUGCUAUGCUGCCUGAAUAGGUGACAGCAAGGCCCAGCCUAUCUUUGAUUAGAAUCACUUAAAGACCAGCAAUGCUUAUAGUCUGACAGAUCUCUCUAUUUAUUUGUUUUAUCUAUCUGUUUGUCUGCAGGGGGAAUAGACGUGAAUUGUAUAUCCCUUCAGCAACCUUCUGUUAAACUUGGACUCCCAUAGAUCAAGCAACAGAACAGAUGGAUAAUGGAGACUGGGGAUAUAUGAUGACUGAUCCAGUCACAAUCAAUGUGGGUGGACACAUGUAUACAACUUCCCUGACCACUCUCACGAGGUAUCCAGAUUCAAUGCUUGGGGCCAUGUUCAGGGGAGACUUUCCCACUGCCAGGGACUCUCAGGGUAAUUACUUUAUUGACAGAGAUGGACCACUUUUCCGAUAUGUUCUUAACUUUUUAAGGACUUCGGAGCUGACUUUGCCAUUGGACUUCAAGGAAUUUGAUCUGCUCCGGAAAGAAGCAGACUUUUACCAGAUUGAACCCCUAAUCCAGUGUCUUAAUGACCCCAAGCCUUUGUAUCCUAUGGAUACCUUUGAGGAAGUAGUGGAGCUGUCCAGCACACGGAAGCUUUCCAAAUACUCCAAUCCAGUGGCAGUGAUUAUAACACAGUUAACCAUCACGACCAAGGUCCACUCCUUACUGGAAGGCAUUUCAAACCACUUCACCAAGUGGAAUAAGCACAUGAUGGACACCAGAGACUGCCAAGUUUCCUUCACAUUUGGACCGUGUGAUUACCACCAGGAGGUUUCUCUCCGAGUCCACCUGAUGGAGUACAUCACAAAGCAAGGCUUCACGAUCAGAAACACACGUGUCCACCACAUGAGCGAACGGGCCAAUGAGAACACGGUGGAGCACAACUGGACUUUCUGUAGGCUGGCACGGAAAACGGAUGACUGAUGUUUGAUUCCACAGGAGCCGUGUCAGUGGCUAGCAGCUUUCUGGACAGUGCACCUGUGCAGACCUGGGUUUGACGAAACCAACAGUGUGCUUCUUUUUUUUUAUGACUAUUUAUUAAUAUUCAUUAAGGUCUAGAGAAGUUACUUUCUCUAGCAGCUCUGUUUUUGUUUUGUCCAGAAACAAAAAUGCAUGUGCCAGUUCAAACUGUUGAGAGACUUUUUGGGACAAGGGGGUCCUAACAACCAGUGGGAUAGGACCCUAUGUGUCAUUAGCACAGCUAAGUCAUUUGAAGUGCUAAAAUUUGUCUCCGUUUUAAAUGGUCUCUAAUUCAGCUAAUGCUAAACCUCCAGGAGUAAAGAACAAACAGAAUUUAAGAUGCAGCUGGGGAAAAGCUACAAUCAUGUAGUGUAACCUAGUUUCUAAAUCAGUAAACAGUAUUGUAAUAUUUUAGGAAAACAAAUCCAGCCCCUUUUAAAGUACUUGUUAAGUACGAUUUCUUACAGUUAUGACAACUGUUUUUUUCUAUGCAUAUAAAUCAAGCAACCAAAUAUUAUCUGUAGCCAUGGAAAUAUGAUUAGAAAUAUUUAUAUUGGACUCUGAAUGCAAAAUGUUCCUGUGGUAGAAUUCAUAUUUUUAAUGCCUGGUGCAGUAUUAUUCCCAAGUGUAAUGCCUGCCAGCAAGAAGCUAAUAAAAAUGUGAACUAUGAAAAUAA